AUGGUCAGGAAGUCCCUAGUUGCUGGGCUGGUGGUCUUGCUUGUGGUUGCAGUGGGCUUUUUCUUGGGUGUUUUUUUGGGGUUGGGGAACAAGAGACCCACUGCUCCAUCAGACCAUUUCUACUCCAAAGCGGCAGUUGCUGCGGAUGCUGGAAAAUGCUCUGAGAUUGGGAGGGACAUCCUGAGGAGGAACGGCACAGCGGUGGAUGCCUCUAUCGCUGCACUGCUGUGUGUGGGGUUAAUGAACGCCCACAGCAUGGGUAUUGGUGGGGGGCUCUUCUUCACAAUAUACAACGCCUCAACAGGGAAGGUGGAGACUAUUGAUGCAAGGGAGACAGCACCCAUGAACGCCACAGAAGAUAUGUUUGGUAAUAACACUCAGCUUUCUCGAAAAGGCGGGUUGUCCAUCGCUAUCCCCGGCGAGAUCCGCGGUUACGAGAUGGCACACCGCAGGCACGGGCGCCUACCGUGGAAGGAGCUAUUUCAGCCGAGCAUCGCCCUCGCACGCCAGGGCUUCCCCAUCGGCAGAGCUCUGGCCAUCGCCAUCGGCAAGAACAGGGACACCAUCCUGAGCGAUGUGGCACUGUGCCCCAUCUCUCCUCAUGAAGUGUUUUGUGACUCACACAAAAACCUCCUGAAGGAAAAUGAUAUUAUUAAAUUUCCCAAACUAGCUGACACCUACCAGAAGAUAGCUGAGGAGGGCCCGGACGUUUUUUACAACGGCAGCAUAGCACAAACAAUAGUGGCUGACAUCCAGGCCGCAGGUGGUAUUAUAACUCUAGAGGACCUGUUGGAGUACCAGCCGGUACUGAACGAAAACCCACUCAGGUUAAAUAUGGGGGAGUACACCAUAUAUGUUCCUGAUGCACCUUCUAGUGGACCUGUACUUGCCUUAAUUCUCAACAUAGUGGAUGGUUACAACUUUUCCGACAGUAGUGUGUCUACUGCGGAGGAGAAAACUCUAACGUAUCACCGAAUUGUCGAAGCUUUUCGUUUCGCUUACGCAAAGAGGAGCCGUCUGGGAGACCCCCGUUAUCUCAAUAUCACCGACCUCAUUCAGAACAUGACGUCAGAUUACUUUGCCGACGGUAUCAGGAGUAAAAUCACAGAUGACACCACCCAUCCGGACAGCUACUACGAACCCGAAUACUUUGUCCCAGAGGAUCAUGGGACAGCCCAUCUGUCAGUCCUCGCUGAGGACGGCAGCGCCGUGGCUGCCACCAGCACCAUCAAUUUAUAUUUUGGUUCAAAGGUCAUGUCACGAUCGACUGGCAUCAUCUUCAACGAUGAAAUGGAUGAUUUCAGUUCUCCCUUCAUCACCAAUGGUUUUGGUGUUCCCCCAUCCCCCAAUAACUUUAUCCAACCAGGUAAACGACCUCUUUCCUCGAUGUGUCCCACCAUUAUCUUCGACAAACACAAAAAAGUCAAAAUGGUGGUUGGAGCCUCCGGCGGGACGAAGAUCACCACAGCGACAGCACUGGUUAUUCUCAAUUCACUUUUCUUCAACUACGAUCUGAAAAAAGCUGUAACAGAACCCAGAGUUCACAACCAGCUCAACCCAAACAUGACAGAAGUAGAGCAGAACUUUGAGAAGAGUGUUCUGGAUGGCCUAGUCCAGAAGAAUCACAUCACAGAACUGCAGAGGACUCCCGGUUCCGUGGUCCAGGCCGUGGUUCGGCAGGGGAACCGGCUGUUCGCUGAAUCUGACCCCAGGAAGGGAGGCUACCCAGCGGGCUACUGA